GUCCUACUGACAUAAUUUGACAAUAUGACCAAAUCAAGAGUUAACUUAGUUUUAUUUAUUAACUAGUUUAAUUUUAAACGAACAUGUAUUUAUCAUAAUGUUAUUAAUAUUUUCCUUAUGCUGUUUGUUUGUAAAGGCAACAGCACAAGAUUACUACUAUACUCCGAACGUGUCACGUUCUACCAUACCCGGGAUAGCCGCGUACCGCUCCGCUCUGACCCUGGACUGGCUGGCGGCCGAGGACUCCCGCCAGAGGGAGAUGGUGGCGGCUUUCGAAACAGAACAGGCUCCACCGAUGAGAAUGAUCUUAACCGAUUGCAUGGGCUAUGCGACACCGCCGAGCGAAAAAAUUGCUAGGCUUUUGUUGGAGCUGUUGAAGAAUCUUGAAGGCGACGAAGGUCCGAUCAUCUUGGACCUAACACAGGCUUUGAUUCGGGCCAAGCUACUCAUAGAAACGUCAACGCUGGAAUCCGAACCGGAUUUAGAAUCUCUGGUGAAGACUCCGAAUGUGAUGAUGGGCGAGCCACACAAGACCUUCCCCAGAAUCCUUGCUGCGGUCUGGUUGACCCUUACAGACGCCUCUACUACGACCAAGUACGGAUGGUGCCCUAUAAACAAGGUCACAAAAUAUUUGACGACAAACAAGCCGGUGAACAUUGCUGAGCACAUGAGGUCUUUGGAUCCGGUCUUAGCUAGAGCUAGGUUCGUCAUGGAGGAAUUCGUACAGCACGUAACGCCCCUCAAUAUGUAUCAAAAGCUGAUCGGACGGAGGAAGGAGGUGUCCUUUGGCCAGAAACAACAAAAACACGGGCCCAAAGAAAACCCUAAGAUAGAGCGGGCUGGCCCAAUUCCUGCUGCCAAGACUGUUACCACCAAACUCAAGGUUACUAGAAAAUUUGACACGAACGAUGGCAGUCAAAUUGUUGUAGCGAAUAUCGGACACAGCUCGGCUACAGUGUCAGAUCUUUUGAACAUCUUCUUUUUAAUGUUUAUAUUUACAUUUGGAAUUAUGUGAUUAAUUUUUUUUGUAAUUUUACUGUUUUGUAUAUUUAUGUUUUGUAUUUAUUAUGAAAUUAAAGUUUAUUAUAUACUAGCGGCCCGCUCCGGCUUCGCUUGGGAAGUAGCGCACGCGAUUUAAAGAACUUAGAUAAUUUUUUUACACAUUGGGUGUUUAUUAGAGGUGUUAUUGGAGUUUCAGUAAGGAUCCCUAAUUUUUUUUAAAAAUAAUAAAUAUAGCAAAUCAAAUCAAAUCAAAUCAAAUGUCACCUAUGUCACCCGGGGAUAGCGUAGCUUUCCAACAGCGAAAGAAUUUUUUAAAUCGUUUCAGCAGCUUCGGAGCCUAUUCAGUACAAACAAACAAACAAAUUUUUCCUCUUUAUAAUAUUGGUAUAGACUAGCCUUUGGCCGCGACUUCGUCCGCGUGGAAUAGUUACUUUGGCAUUUUGGCAAAUUUUACCCGCCUCUUCAUUUACGUAGAAAGUGAAAAUAUUUUGAAACAUUGGUGCUCCACUUGUAUUGGUCUAACCGUGAUGUUAUAUAGCCUUCCUCAAUAAACGGGCUAUCUAACACUGAAAGAAUUUUUCAAAUCGGACCAGUAGUUUUCCUGAGAUUAGCGCGUUCAAACAAACAAACUCUUUAGCUUUAUAAUAUUAAAGUUUAUUUUAUAUUUAAUUUCAACGAUGAUUCUGAUCGUUUCGUGUGUGUAUUGUGAAUAAACGAAAUCUAUGCUAA